CCGAGCCAUAUUAGAUAAAUAAGUCUCCGCAGCCUCAAAAAUCUCCGCCGUCGUGGUCUCCUUCCACGCCCAGCGCCUCCGGACCGCCCUCAUCUCCAAGCAAAGCCUCUACGAUGUAGGAUUGGGCCAGGCCCAGCGCAACUCGUUGACAUUGGGGUGGUUCGGGGUUCCGUUUUCCCUUUCUGUGCUUAAAAUAUAAAAGUGAAAAAAAAAAUCCCGAAUGUAGCAAAUGACGAUAGAAUUCCCCUUCUCCCCUCCUUUCCUCGAUCCCGUCGCCGAUUGAAUGCGAAAUCCUCGUACCGAAAAGGAAAUGAAAAAGGCCAAAUCCAACCCUGCGAUAUCGGUGAGCGCUCGAGCGCGGAACGCCGGCGAGCUUGUCGUCGUCGUCGGCGGCGGCGAAGGCGAAGGUAUAAUGGAGAUAUCGUUGCUCAAGACAUUGCUCAAUAGCAUCAGAUGCUUUGAUCUUUUGUCAUCUAGCAACACUAUAAAAUCUGAGCUGGUUCAAAGAUACUGCCCAAAAAUUGAUGAAAUCUUGGAGCUUUUGAAACCUGUGCUUGAUCAAGCUGUUGCUUCUGAGAUAUCAUCAGAUGGGAACCUGAUUCAGUUGUUGAAAGAACUUGAUGGUGUUGUCAAUGAAGCUAGGGAACUUGUUGGGUGCUGGCACCCAACGGCCAGUAAAGUUUAUUUUGUUUUGCAAAUUGAAUCCAUAAUAACAAAUAUCUGGAAAUAUUCCAUUGAAGUAUGCCGACGACUUAAUUCUUUGCUUCCAUUUGUAAAAAUUAAUAAUAUGUCAACAUCUAUCGAGCAUUAUGUACAGAAAAUUCAGCACAUGCAUUAUGAACGGAUAUCUGAUGUCAUUAAAGAGGCCAUAAGAGAUCAGAGGGAGAAAGUUAUUCUUGGGCCUGAGCUUUUAGAUAAAAUUUCGAACUCUCUGAGCUUGUCAUCUAAUCAAGAAUUGCUGAUGGAGGCUGCUGCCCUUGAGAAGCUUAAAGUGAAGGCUGGCCGUGGUGAAAACCAUAUAGAAGUGGAAGAGAUUGAUCAUAUGAUUGCACUUGUCACUAGUAUGCAUGAGUGCCUGCUUAAAAUAAAACAUAUGCACAGCAUUAACGGGGUGCCUAUUCCUGCUAAUUUUUGCUGCCCGCUUUCCCUAGAACUGAUGUCCGACCCGGUGAUUGUGCAUUCUGGCCUGACAUAUGAGCGGGCUUUUAUUAGAAAAUGGCUUGAUCAAGGUUUCAAUGUUUGUCCCAAGACACAUCAAACACUUGGGAACACUAAUUUGAUUCCCAACUACACUGUCAAGUUAUUAAUUGCCAACUGGUGUGAGUCAAAUGACAUCAAGCUUCCAGAUCCCAUGAAAUCCAUGAAGAUGAAUCUCUCUUUGUCUUCUCUUAGCCCCAUAGAUUCAAGUUCUAAUGAUUGCAAUGUUCCUUAUUCUGGUCAUUCUCCAAGGGCUAACCAUCCAAGAUCACCAGAAUCUAACAGGUGUAUGGUGAGUUCACAUAAGGAUUCACAUUUGUCCAAUGGAGACCUCCAGGGAAAUUAUUUGCAUGAGAAGCCUUUGUCUCCACAGCACAGUGCCCCACCUGUGGCAUCAUCUUUGCAAAUUGAAAACAGGUGUGACGCCAAUAUUGCAAGAUUAUCGUUAGUGACGACCGAAGGGAAAGAGUCUAGCUCGGGAGAGAGACAUGGUGAUUCUGGUGGCCAAACUGCCAACCAACCAAAACAGGAUGCUCAAACCCCCAUAGUUGAUGAGCAGUUACAGGGCCAUAACCGAAGUGUCUCUGCCUGCACUUCUGUUUCAGAUAAUGAUUAUCCUCAAGAUACCAGAGAUGCAAAUGUGGUGUCACAAGUUUCCGAUGAUCUUACACAUUACAGCAGUGAUGCCUCAGGAGAAGUUACACGAGAAACUCCAGCUUCCUCUGCUCCUCAGAGAGAACCUGAAUUCCCUACAAGGUUGGGUGAGGCUCAUUUUAGAAGCCAAACCAUUUUUCGAUGGUCAUCCAUCCCUAGGAUCAUAUCAUCUCCAACUAUGGAUUCCAGGCCUGACCUCUCAGGUGUUGAGACUGAAGUUCGUAAGCUGAUUGAGGAUUUGAAAAUUGAUUCAGUUGAUGUGCAGAGAUCUGCUACAGCAGAGCUGCGUCUUCUUGCUAAACGCAAUAUGGAAAAUAGAGUUGUCAUUGCAAACUGUGAAGCUAUAAGCUUGUUAGUUGAUCUGCUUCAUUCGACGGAUCCUAAGACUCAGGAGAAUGCUGUAACUGCACUUCUGAACUUAUCGCUCAAUGACAACAACAAGAUUGCCAUUGCAAAUGCUGGUGCCAUUGAUCCUCUUAUUCAUGUGCUUGAGACAGGGAACACUGAAGCAAGAGAGAACUCAGCUGCAACCUUAUUUAGCCUUUCAGUAAUUGGAGAAAACAAGGUUAUGAUUGGACGAUCGGGCGCAAUCAGACCUCUGGUUGAAUUAUUAGGAAAUGGGACUCCUCGAGGAAAGAAAGAUGCUACAACUGCAUUGUUUAAUCUAUCGACAUUUCAUGAGAACAAGGCUCGUAUAGUGCAGGCUGGGGCCGUGAAUCACUUAGUGGAGCUGAUGGACCCAGCUGCCGGUAUGGUUGAUAAGGCUGUGGCUGUUUUGGCUAACCUAGCUACUAUCCAAGAAGGCAGGACAGCAAUUGGUCAUUCGGAUGGGAUCCUUCCCCUUGUGGAGGUUGUUGAAUUGGGAUCUGCAAGAGGAAAAGAAAAUGCUGCUGCAGCUUUGCUUCAGCUCUGUCAAAAUAGCAAUAGAUUUUGUACUCGAGUUCUUCAACAAGGUGCCGUGCCACCAUUAGUAGCAUUAUCACAGUCAGGGACACCACGAGCUAAAGAAAAGGCACACGCUCUUCUUAGCUAUUUCCGAAAUCAACGUUAUGGCAAUGCAGGGAGGGGAUGAUCCUGGCAUAUAUUUUUCCAAUACACCUUUAUCAGUCAGUUUUGUGUAAUUAUGAGUUGGAACCUAUUUAACUCUCUUAAGCGGGGACAUGGGUGUCAUGAGUUCAGUGUGCAACUUUUUUGAAGUUAUACUGUCAAGUAGAUCAGAUAAUUGUUCUAGGGUUGCUUCUUUGUAAAAAAGACUGAACUGUAAAGUGGUCCAUUUGAAGUCCAUUGAUUCUUUGUUUAUCUUGAUACUAUUGUAUAUGCCUUUUCCCAUACUAGUUGAACUGAUGUACUGGUUCUUUUG